UGCGCCCAGUCAGUCCCGAGCAGGUGGGGGCGCGGCGCGGUGCUAGGGGCGCCGAGGGGCGGAGGCAGCCGCCACACCUAGGGCGCCGCAGAGCGCCAGGAGCUGGCGCGGGCGGAGCCGCCCUGAGGGCCGCGCGUGUCCGGGGCUUCGGCCCCGCCCCGCGCCGUCCAAUGAGAGCCCGCGGCCGGAGGGGCUGUCCGCACACUCUGUCCGCAGCCCCACUCCGCGCCGCCGACCCCCUGACACCGCAUCCCUGCCUGGGCAGCUCGCCCCAGAUCCCGAGUUCGGCGCGGUGUCGUCGGCUUCCAGACACCGCUCCCUGCGCCCCUCUCCGGGACCUGGCGCCCCGGCUCCUGGACCUUAGGUGCCCUUGGGUCCCUGGCCGGCGGCGAGCCUUAUGGCCCCCCAGGGGGGUGAAGUAGGAGCAGCCUGAGUACCCUCAGCCGGUGCCCCGUCCACGCCCCUCCGGGCCGCGUGGCGGGAGUCUUCGGGGAGCUAUGCUGAGGCCGGGUGGUGCGGAGGAAGCCGCGCAGCUACCCACUCGACGCGUUCGCGCCCCUGUCCCCGAGUCCGCUCCCAGACCCACGGCCCCCGACGGCUCUCGGGCUUCGGCCCGCCUAAGUCUUGCCUGCCUUCUGUUGCUGCUACUGCUGCUGACGCUGCCGGCCCGCGUAGACACGUCCUGGUGGUACAUUGGGGCACUAGGGGCCCGUGUGAUCUGUGACAAUAUCCCUGGGCUGGUGAGCCGGCAGAGGCAGCUGUGCCAGCGUUACCCAGACAUCAUGCGCUCCGUGGGUGAGGGUGCCCGAGAGUGGAUCCGAGAGUGUCAGCACCAGUUCCGCCAUCAUCGCUGGAACUGCACCACCCUGGACCGGGACCACACUGUCUUUGGCCGUGUCAUGCUCAGAAGUAGCCGGGAGGCAGCAUUUGUAUACGCCAUCUCAUCAGCAGGGGUGGUCCAUGCUAUCACUCGUGCCUGUAGCCAGGGUGAACUGAGUGUGUGCAGCUGUGACCCCUAUACCCGUGGCCGACACCAUGACCAACGUGGGGACUUUGACUGGGGUGGCUGCAGUGACAACAUCCACUAUGGUGUUCGCUUUGCCAAAGCCUUCGUGGAUGCCAAGGAGAAGAGGCUUAAGGAUGCCCGGGCUCUCAUGAACUUACAUAACAAUCGCUGUGGUCGCACGGCUGUGCGGCGGUUUCUGAAGCUGGAGUGUAAGUGCCAUGGCGUGAGUGGCUCCUGUACUCUGCGCACCUGCUGGCGCGCACUCUCAGAUUUCCGCCGCACAGGUGAUUACCUGCGGCGGCGCUAUGACGGGGCUGUGCAAGUAACGGCCACCCAGGACGGCGCAAACUUCACGGCAGCUCGCCAAGGCUAUCGCCGUGCUACCCGGACUGACCUGGUCUACUUUGACAACUCCCCAGACUACUGUGUCUUGGACAAGGCUGCAGGUUCCCUAGGCACUGCAGGCCGAGUCUGUAGCAAGACAUCUAAAGGGACAGACGGUUGUGAAAUCAUGUGCUGCGGCCGAGGGUAUGACACAACUCGAGUUACCCGUGUCACCCAGUGUGAGUGCAAAUUCCACUGGUGCUGUGCUGUGCGGUGCAAGGAGUGCAGAAACACUGUGGACGUCCAUACUUGCAAGGCCCCCAAGAAGGCAGAGUGGCUGGAUCAGACCUGAACAUAAAAAUACCUCACUCAUCCCUCCACUUCAAACCUCCUGAUUCAAAAGCACAAGAUCUUUGCAUGCACACCUUCCUCCACCCUCAACCCUGGGCUGCGACAGCCUCUAUUUAAGGACUUGGAGAACACUCCAGAGGGACCCUGGUAUCUAGCUGGUUCCUUAGCCCUGGGAAGGAGUUGACAGGGGAUGUAUUAUAAAAAAAAAACCGAGCAGCUCCCUGACUCCCCACUCUGGAGGCUAGAAGGGACAGUGGAAGAGGUAGGAGUCUUCAGAGCGAUAUGAGUUGCACUAAAGCACAUGGUCAAGGCUCAUUCUUCCCUUCCCUUGCAUUGGCUUCCUGAUACUUCUUGUGUGUGCAAGAGAAAGGGUACCUGGAGAGAACUUCUUUUCCUACCUGGCCGAGGGUAGAUGAGACAGAGAUGAAUCCACACAUCUCUUCCCUGGGUCAGUGUGAGCUAACUGCCUGGUACCCCAAAAGAAAUUCUGCAACAUUCUUUCAUUAUCAAGAGCCUGGGAUUGCUAGAUAUGAGUUAGCAUAGUGGACAAGGUUCCAUUCUCAUGCUCAUAUUGUUUGUAAACUGCUGUGUUUUGUAGGAGAAAAAAAAUUAUACAACUAUACAAACAUACAUUCUCUUCCAAUCUUUCUCUUUUAACCUGUAUCAGCCAGCACUGCCUCUUUUGCUCCCUUGCUGCCUGUAUAAACUGAGUGGCAUGCAGUGUCAGCCUAACAGAUCAUUAGAGCACCCUAGAACACUCCUAAGAAAGAGAAAUUUGGUUACUCUUGGGAUUUUUACUUUUUUUAAACUUUCCAUGCAUUAUUCUGGUGGUCAUCCAGGUUUGGGAAACACUAAGUAAAAGAUACGUGACUCAUGGAGGAUGGGAGAGGGUAACAAGACUGAUCUCAAGGGCCGCAUGAGGCAUCAGUGUAUACUAGGCAGGUAAAGAUCUCUGGCUUUGGCAAUUUUUAGAAGAGGAUCCUAGCCUUUGAAGCUGGGAGCAGAAACCAGUGGUUACAGAGGGAAGGAGAGCUGGGGUUUGGGGCCAAACAGCUUAGAAAGCAGCCUUUCCUCAUUUAUUCAACAUAUCUUUAUUUAGUGACUCUCCAAGUCUUGGUGAUUAUUAUCCUUCAAUCCACAUUUGGCUUAAAUAGCACAGUUCCUUCUAAGCUACUACCCACUGCCUAACUAAGCUUGCAGCAGUGGCAUCUCCAGAGAUAGCAGGCUUAGUAAGCCAAAGGAGGGUAGGACACAGAGUCCCCAAAAUCACGAUGUCCUAUUUUUAUGUGACUUGGACAGUGGUUGUCUCUUGCCUGUUGAUAUUUUAAAGGAGCAGAGUGGUGUAGAAAUUUGCAUUUAUGAUAUACCUAGGCUAAAAUCUCAGCUGUACCAGUUAUGAUAUUUUGAGCAAGUUUCCCAAAUUCUCUGAGCCUCUAUCUUCUCAUUUCUAAAAUGAGGGUGUAAACUUAUCUCAGAUAUUGAGUUUUAAUUCUGCCCCCAAAUCCAGCCAAAAGACCCUCUUACCAAAGCCCCUAAUUGGUCUAGCCCAUCCUGACUUCUCAGAAUCUCCAGUUCAGUACUGUAAAGUAUUGACAGCAGGCUGCAGAUUAAGGAGACUACACAGGGAAUUCGGAAUACAGCACACACACCCUUUCCCUAAUUCCUCUCUGGCACCCCUUGGGGUCCUCACAUGUUUGUGGAGCAGCUUUCUCUGCAUAGGCAGCAAGAGGAUGGGGGAGCCAUAGCUCUGGGCCAUGGGGGCAGAUUUAUUUGGAUGAUAGGACUAAUAUUUGUGUAACCUGCCGAGACCUGUGUGGGAGAGUUGAGGGUGGUUUUUCUUUUGGUGAGGGGGUUUGCUCCGGUUUCACAUCCAUUAACACAAAACAUGAGCUAGUCAGGGCCCCUGUGGUCUGUGGUGAGGGGAUUCCUGUGGAGAAAUAGGACUGAGUGAGUCAGGCCAGGGGAAUGUCUUCCUUGCAGAAUGGAGUCAACUGGAUAACUGAUGAGCCAAUGGUGGGAUUAGGGAGGGGGAAGAGGGAGGGGAAAAGAAGAGUUUCUGACAUCUUGAGCUGGGAUUAAGAGGAAGAAAGCUUUAAGGUAGUGGAAAGGUAAGGGUCACAGACAGGCUGGACUGAAGAACAGAGCUGAAUGAAUUACAGAGGGGUGCUAUCUGGUCCGCUGGGCCACUGGGAAGAGCUCUCAGGUCCCAGUCAGCUUCAGCUCUCCUAAGAAUAUCCAGGUUACCACAUAAAUGAUAGCCUAGGCCUUCCAUGGGAAACUAACCUGAGCUAAAUCUACCUGUGCUCUGUUAUCUUAUUCUCUCUUUGCUUCUUACCCUGUGAAAGGAAGUGGACCUCUUCGGGUAUCUUAUACUGCUAUGUGCUUUUCCCUGGGCUCCAAGUUCUAGUUCAUAAAGACCAAGUUUUGCAAUUUCCUAUAAAUGGUUGAGAAGAGCAAGCUGUCCAACAGUGAGGGGGCUGAAAAGUGUGGUGGAUAGUGAGGGGGAAAAGGCCUAUGUAAGUCCUAUUACAGAGGCUAAUGUGGCUCCAGAAAGGAAUGAUGGCCAAGCAAUUAAUUUUUCCUCUUUUUCCUUAGCUUGCCUCUGCAUUCUGACUGGCUUUAUACAACUGGCGUCCAUUCUGCACUAUACAAACAAACUAAUUUAUUUGGAACAAGCAGCAAAAUGAGAUCUUUAUUUGAUGCAGUCAGAGCCUCAAUUAGUCCUGCUGGUACUCACUCACUGCCUUUAAUCCCAUCCCCCACCGCCACCCCCUGCCCAUCUCUCUUCUGUUUAAUAGGGGCCUGUCCCUCAGAUCAGCAGUCUCUUAGCCUGCCUCCUGUCUUUCACUCCUUCCUGUUGGUCUUCAUUUCUUUUGACUUUUAAUAUUUAGGUAUAAUGCAUUGUAGAAAACACUAUUUGGAUACAAAGUUAAUUUAAAAGACAUUAUCCUUUAAGGAUCUUAGAAUCUUUUAGAGAAGGCACAUGACUUAACACCUUACAUGCACAGCCUGUAGCCAGUUUCUCUUACGUAAAAGUAAGAAUGCCAGCCUUAACAUAGUCCUGCAGAUAAAAGCCAACGUGUAUUAUUGCUGGGCUUGAUUAAUAGCAUGAAUCCAUACUCUAUAUGAGAGUAUUCAUAUCAGAUCAGAUCAGAUCAGUCGCUCAGUCGUGUCCGACUCUUUGCGACCCCAUGAGUCGCAGCACGCCAGGCCUCCCUGUCCAUCACCAACUCCCGGAGUUCACCCAGACUCAAAAAUGAAAUCAGGGACUUCAGAUUAUUUCAAAGACUCAAAUAUAUCCUGGCCCUGAGGAUCUGCUUGCAAAGUCUCAGGACCACUCACGGCCUCAUUUCUCUUCCUCCCUAUUACAGAUUGUACUUUCUUCUCAGUUCUCUCACCUCCCCUUAGUAAGCACAUCAACCACUAAGUUCUUCGCCAAAUUCUCAGACCCACUCAGGACCUUACUAUAAGAAAGAUAACAAGGAAUUUUUUUUUUUUCUCAGCCUUUCUGAGGUUUUAUUUAAAUGCCCUCAGUGGUCAUAGGGCAGAAGCCCAAGGGAGGAAGCUGGAGAGAGUAUGUUUCUCAUCCCUGGGAGGCCUAGCUCCUGCAGCCAAAUUACGGCACCAGUGAACAAUGUAAUACAUUCCUGGACAGGUCGGUGGGACCCUGGGCGCCUGAGCCUUGUGGAGAGAGGUGCCAGACACAGAGCUCUCCGUAAGCAAUCCUGCAGAGCUGCUCCCUGGGUGCAGAAAUGAAAUACGGGAGAGCUUCACAUUACACAGAGACCUGUAGCUCACACCUGGUUAUUGAUGGCCUUGGUGAGGCCUCUGCCUCCGCCCUCCACUUGGGAACUGCCUGCUACUAUGGGGGUUGGGCGUCUUUGAAGCAGUGUUGGAAAACAAGAAAGAGAUGUUUCCUUUUCUCUCUUUGCCCUAUCAGCCUGCGCACAAUCAUGAAGGUAUAUACAUACAAAUAUGCACAAAUAUAGCACAUACACAUAGCUUUUCUUAGGCUAUAUUCGGGUUCUCGUCAUCCUCCUCCUCCCCGACAAUAAAAAAAAAAGCAACCAGAUUUCAA